GAGAAAUAUGCGCGUGCUCCCUCCGUCGCUGCCGCUUCAGAGGAGAGUAGCCGCUUAUUCAGCUGCUGGAUGAGGGACGGAACGGAGGGAACAAUGAGCAGAUACCGGGGAUGAGUGAAUGAAUGAAUGAACGUAUCCCGACCUGGGCUUCUUUCACAGUACCGAACCGCCCAAGCCAACCGGCAGCUAUUCAGCCUGGCAGGAACGGAUUUGGACGUCACGACGAGCUGCCUCAACAGUAGAAGUCUGUAGAGUCCAGCGAAGGCCCGACUGCCUCAGCAGCAAUGGCUCCAGCAGCCGUGUCUGUGCAUCCAUCCUCUCUCCCCUCCCGCCUCUCCUCGCCCCUCCUCCUCUUCCUCCUCUCCGCCUUCCUCCUCCUGUCAUGUCCUGGAUCGGUGCAUGCAGGUUCAUCUGAGAACUGUUCAGCGAGUGGAGACCCCUGUCAGGAAGGAGUGGUACUGCCCGUGUGGAACCCUCAGAACCCCUCUGUAGGCGACAAAGUGGCACGGGCCAUUGUUUACUUCGUAGCAAUGAUCUAUAUGUUCCUGGGCAUGAGCAUUGUUGCGGACCGAUUCAUGUCUUCUAUAGAGGUCAUUACCUCCCAGGAGAAGGAAAUCACUAUAAAGAGGCCGAAUGGUGAGACCACCACCGCCACGGUCAGGAUCUGGAAUGAGACCGUUUCUAAUCUCACUUUAAUGGCCUUGGGUUCUAGCGCCCCAGAGAUACUGCUGUCAGUUAUUGAGGUGUGUGGUCACAAUUUUGAGGCUGGCUCUCUGGGUCCCAGCACCAUCGUGGGCAGUGCUGCCUUCAACAUGUUCGUCAUCAUCUCCCUGUGUGUGUACGUGGUUCCUGAUGGAGAGACGCGCAAAAUCAAACACCUUCGGGUGUUCUUCGUCACAGCAGCCUGGAGUAUCUUCGCCUACAUCUGGCUUUACCUGAUUCUGAGUGUCUUUUCCCCUGGAGAGGUGGAGGUAUGGGAGGCUGUGCUGACCUUCCUCUUCUUCCCGCUCUGCGUGGUCCAGGCCUGGGUGGCCGACCGUCGCCUCCUCUUCUACAAGUACGUCCGCAAGCGCUACCGCGCUGACAAGCGCCGCGGCAUCAUCAUUGAAACCGAGGGAGGGCCGGAUGGAGGAAUGGGGAUGGCUGGAGGUGGAGCGCUGGGCCCGGGGGGCUUCACCAAGAUGGACAUGCUGGAGCUGGAUGGACAGAUGGCAUUGAACAGUCACAGCGGGAUGGAUGAUGGAGGGAUGAUGGAGGACGGAGGAAUGAAAGAUGAGGAGGACGUGGCCAGAAGGGACAUGGCGAGGACGCUGAAGGAUCUGAAGCAAAGGCACCCGGAUAAAGACACGGAGCAGCUGAUUGAGAUGGCAAAUUAUCAGGUCCUGAUGCAGCAGCAGAAGAGCAGAGCGUUCUACCGUAUCCAGGCAACCAGGAUGAUGAUCGGAGCCGGCAACAUCCUCAAGAAGCACGCUGCCGACCAGGCUCGCAAGGUGGUGAGCAGCCAUGAGAUCCAUGCACAGGAGGACGACCCUCACACCAUCAGGAUGGAGUUUGACCCCUUUUUGUACCAGUGCUUUGAAAACUGUGGCUCCCUGAAACUGACAGUUGCCAGACGUGGAGGAGACUCCGGAGUUACUGUCAAGGUGGAUUAUCGCACGGAGGACGGUACAGCAAACGCAGGUUCAGAUUAUGAGUUUGCGGAGGGAACACUGCUGUUCAAACCAGGAGAGACCCUCAAAGAGAUCACAGUCGGCGUGAUUGACGACGACAUCUUCGAGGAGGACGAGUAUUUCUACGUCCACCUCAGUAACCCUCGAGUGGUUGGUUAUCCUGAGAUUGGCACCGCCCCGCUGGAUGCCAGUGCCACCCCCAAAGCCGUGAUGGGUGACAACCACACAGCAACAGUGACCAUCUACGAUGACGAUCACGCAGGCAUCUUUACCUUUGAGACCGCCACUCAGAAGGUGAGCGAGAGCGUGGGUGUGAUGGAGUUGAAAGUGCUCAGGACUUCGGGGGCCCGAGGCCUGGUAGCCGUCCCCUACCGAACCGUGGAUGCCACCGCCAAAGCAGGGGAGGACUACGAAGUCUCCGCUGGCAAGCUGGAAUUUCAGAACGACGAGACCAUGAAGAUCAUCGAGGUGAAGAUAAUUGAUGAUGAGGAGUAUGAGAAGAACAAGACCUUCACCAUCGAGCUGGGAGAGCCUGUUCUGUUGGAGAUAGGGCAGAAACACGGUGACUCCAAUGAGAACAAGCCAUUGGUGGGAGCAGAGGAGGAGGAAGUGGCCAAGAUGGGCUGUCCCAGUUUGGGCGAAAACACCCAAGUAGAAGUGAUCAUAGAAGAGUCCUACGAGUUUAAGAGAGCAGUACAUACGCUUCUUUGGUGGUCUGAAAAGAGUACAGUAGAUAAGUUGAUCAAGAAGACAAACCUGGCCUUGGUGGUGGGAAGCAGCAGCUGGAGGGAGCAGUUUGUCAGUGCUGUAACUGUCAGUGCAGGAGACGACGACGACGAGGAGAGCGGCGAAGAGCGGCUGCCGUCCUGCUUCGACUACAUCAUGCACUUCCUCACCGUCUUCUGGAAGGUUCUGUUCGCCUUCGUCCCGCCCACGGAGUACUGGAAUGGCUGGGCCUGCUUCAUCGUCUCCAUAUCGCUCAUCGGCAUCCUGACGGCAGUCACCGGCGAUCUGGCGUCACACUUCGGCUGCACGAUAGGACUGAAGGACUCGGUGACAGCGGUGGUGUUUGUGGCGCUGGGAACAUCAGUGCCAGACACAUUCGCCAGCAAGGUUGCCGCCAUCCAGGAUCAGUACGCCGACGCCUCCAUUGGCAAUGUCACUGGCUCCAACGCCGUUAACGUCUUCCUUGGCAUAGGCGUGGCGUGGACCAUCGCCGCAGUCGUCUGGCGCUCCAAGGGCAAGGUGUUCAAGGUGGACCCGGGAAACCUGGCCUUCUCCGUCACCCUCUACACCAUCAUGGCACUGUUGUGUGUGAUGAUACUGCUGUAUCGGCGGCGGGCAUCGGUGGCUGGCGGCGAGCUGGGCGGACCGCGGACAUGCAAGAGGAUAACGUCGCUGCUUUUCGUCUCCAUGUGGCUGAUUUACAUUUUGCUGGCUUCACUGGACGCCUACUGCCAUUUACCAUUUUAAAUGGAGAGGAGAGGAAAGGGGAGGGAGAGAGACCCACUGCCAAUAUGAAGAGAGAGAGGGAGAGAGAGAGAGAGAUGGAGUCUUUAAACCGGAACCGGACGAGAGAUGAAUGGUGGAGGUGGAUCGAUAUUGUCAAAAACUAUUUUGAGUGUUUCAGAUUCGAUUUUUUCUUCCCAUUUAUUUAUUUCCUGAAAAGCCGAAUUUCCUCACGAAACACAAAAAAAUCUCAAACUAUAUCCAAACAUGUUUUGGAUUUGCAGCUCUUGAAAGGAGACCCAUCAUCUAUCCAGUGAUGACAAAUUGAGAUUAUUUAAUGAAAAAAUUGCAUUGCAGGUGUUAAAUCAUUCAUGAUCAUCGGUGGACAACGCUGUUUAAUAGUAUAUACAAGGCUGAUAUUGUUCCAGUAUACUGCCAAACCAGCAGGAGAGUAGAAGAGAUGGACAACAAGGAGAGCUGUCAGCCGGCCCCUGAGGGAAACAACGAAGAUGAAGAAGAAUGAUAAAGGUGGAAGAUAAAAGGGAAAAGGUGAGAGAGGAGACUGGAGGCAACAAAACUGGAGAAAGGUCUGAAUAAAGUCCAUGAAGAGACCAGGGAAAUAAUAGAAUAAGAAGAACAGAUGGCAAAAGCAUUCUACACCCCCUCCUCACUCUCUCUCUCUCUUUUUCUGUCUUUACAAUCUCGUCGUCACGGGAUUGGUGGAUCCUCCCAUUAUACCCACUGAACUGUAUCGUAUGCCACCAAUGACUUAUUACUUUUAAGCCCUCUUCCCCCAACUACACACACUAACACACGCACACUAACACACACACACUAACACUUACACACACACACACACACUUUGGGGCCCUCAGGUGAACCUGCUGUGGAGGACCACUCACUAAUUUGCAGGCGAAGAGGCAAGAUAAAAACUGACAAUUGGUCUUUUUCCCUUCUCUUGUUGAAUACACUGUGCAAAAUAGUCCCUCCACCCAACAACACACACACACACACACACACACACACUCGCAUACUGUACUCUCUCUUUCCUACGAACACUCUGCAGACUGUAAACACUCCUCCGUCCCUCCCUCUUGCCUUACUCUUAUCUCCCCUGUAGGAAUUGUCUUAAAGUUGAAGUUGUGGUAAUGAAACGCUGUAGUCACCACCAACCAACCCUCUUUUUAAUUGAGCCAACCCCAAAUCCCUCUCCUUUUAUGCCAAUCAACAGCUUCAUUUAUCCCACAAAGAACCCCCCCCCCCCCCCCCCCCCCCCCCCCCCUUUUUUUUUAAACUUCAAUGGCGUCACGUGUUGAUGUUGUUACCGUGCAAUUGUAAAACUUAAAAAGACAUAACUAUACUGUAGUAUGGAGAGCUGGAGCUAAAGAACGUUAAAGAAGGUGGUUUGGAAGAUGGACUGUAACAUGGAGGAUCAAGAUGUUGGAAAGCAAAAUAACUGUGAUGAGCGGAGAGUACAAAGUCUGGAGAUCAACGAACAAGACAAAAUUGGGACCAAUCAGAAUGAAGGAUCUCACUGGUUGUGACCUUGACAACGACAAAGAAGAUGAUGGCGACCGCAGUGUUGAUGACAAAUGAAAACUAUGACCAUAUCCAGUGUUUCUAAUUGUUCAUGAUAAUAUAAGAAACUUUUAUUGAUGUGUGUGAGAAAACACUGAUAUUUCAUUUUAAUUUAAUAUUUAUGUGAAGUCCCCCUCUUUGUAAGGAAAACCCCCAGAGGAUGAAAAGGAAAAUCCAUGUUCCCUUUUCCCUCUGGAAAACAGUUCAAGAAGACGUUUAAAGAAAACCUAUCACAGGGGAAAAGGCUGUAAGAUGGUGAACAUGAAACCAGAGAUUCACAGACGGAGACAAGAAUCGAAUGCUCUGAGGGAAAUGUACGGCAGCGCUGAAAUAUCGCACGACUGCUCUGCAGCAGCUGUAAUGUCGGGACGUUUCUUUGUACUCAAAACAAAAAUCAGAAGUCGCUCCGUUAUCCAAAGAUCUAUCAGAAGAACACUGUCACAGAUCACCGUUCAUUUUCAGUGUGC